ACAAAAAUUGACCAACCAAAUAAAACUGGCGCAUAAGGAGGUUCCGAAUCAAAAUUAGAUGACACUGAUAAAUUAGUGAUAGAAAUAAUUGGAAAGGAAUCUCCUGUUGUUCAAGGAAUUGGCGUACCCGAUUCAAUGGAAACUGUUUCCGAAGUUAAAGUGAUUACCGAGGACUUUAGUUAUUCUAUGCCCAAUGAAAACGAUGACAAUGGCACCACAAAAAGCAAUUGCUCGCUUCAACAAAGUUCAUGUAGAGGAACUGAAACAAAUGCAUUGUGGGAAAAACUAAGACAUCCAUUGGGGGAUGCGCUUAGGAGGCAACAAAAAUAUUUCAAAAGUGGAGCACCCGCGGAAGCUAUUAAAGAAUGGACGUUUUUGAAACAGAUGGGAUUCCUGCAGUCCUAUAUCGCCAAUAAAUUGAGAGAAGGGAACUGUCGAGAAGACGAUGGAAAUAAAAACGUUACCCAAGUUUCUGAUGAGUAUGUAACAUUUGCAGAGGUAAACGAUGAAAAUGUAGCAGAAGUGAAUAUACAGCAGCAAGACGAAAGCAUUGAGGAUGACGCCCAACUACAGAAAUUUUCACAAACUUUGCCUCUGAGGGCAGCUAAAACCCCGACAACAAAUGCAACCCCAAAAUGA